UUAUGUGCUUGACGUAGUUGUUAUCGGCCAUGUUGCUUGUUUUCAUGCCGGAUGGGACUCCGAAAACAGGAAUAAUAAUCUAAAAUUGUGUUCAUUAAAUGACGAAUUCAGCAUGGUCCGCACGGUGAAGAGACGGCAAUCAACAGUGCGAUGUUCCCAGCAGCUGCUGACGGCUGUGGCAUAUAUUCGCCAACAGAAACAGAUCCCCAACAUAGACCGUCUAACUCGCUACAUGCAGAGGGAAAAUGACAUGCAGUAUGGGGAGACCGUUCAGCAACUCAGCUAUGUGGUCAAAGAUGGCCUCUUGCUGUCGUAUACAGCAGUUGGUUGUAAAGGAUCCAAAACAGGGCUGGAACAAGAAGGGUUUAGAAUUCCAACAGAUGAUGACCAAGAAGAGGAAAAUGAUCAUGAUUGGUACUGCUUUGAGUGUCACCAGCCAGGAGAGGUGGUGAUGUGUACAGACUGCUGGAGGGUGUUCCAUCCCAUCUGUACAAGGGAGGAUGCAUCAGGCUCCAAAUUCUGCUGCUCAGUCUGCAAGGAGACCGAGGCAGGUAAAAAGAGAAACAAAAUCAAAAAGAAACUGCUCAACACUUUACUGAGUUACACUGUGCUACGUCUCAAAGAGAAGACCAGAGAACUACAUCGAAUCGGCCACACCGAGGAGUUUAAUCGUUUCCUCUACAUGCCCAUGGAUCUGAACACCAUGGAAACAAAGGUUCAGGCCAAGAAAUACAAGUGCCUUGAGGAGUUCCUAGCAGAUGCCCAAAAUGUGCUUCAUAAUGUCUUUCUGUUAUAUGGAGAUGAGAAAGGUGGAAUGGCUGAGCUGGCCAGAAUAAUGAUAAGAGAUUGUAAAUAUGAUUUGGAUGAAAUUCAGCAAUGUCCUAAUUGUUAUUAUUUAUCAAAUGCCAAACCUCCAAACUGGUUUUGUCAGCCAUGUAAUCCUGCCCAUGAACUUGUGUAUGCUAAGCAGAAAGGUUUCAGCUUCUGGCCAGCAAAAGUAAUAAAGGUUGUAGCUGGAAAAUAUGAUGUUCGAUUCUUUGGAGGAUACCACCAAAGAGCUGUGAUCCCUGAAGGAAAGAUCAAGCCUAUCUCAACCAAUGUCAGAAGUCUCACAGUGAAGCGGACUGCAGGGUUUGUAAAAGCAUGUUCAGAGCUUGAACUCCACCAGAAGCUGUUACGGGAGAAAGUCACCGAGUCCAGCAUGGACAGCGACAGUGAUGACGUGGACUGGGAGGAUGACACGGACACACGACAAGUGACGUCAACAAGUCUCCUGCCAUCAAAAGUACAUGCCGCUAAAGUUGUUUUGAAACGUAUUUCAGACCAGCAUGUGAAGUCAAAGAAGUCCAAAAAGAGAUCUGCCUCAUCUCCAGAAGAUUCCUUGGUAGUCACGUCCAGUGAAGACAACCGAGCACGAUCACCAUCCAAGAUGUCAACACCUCCUCCACCACCAAUAAUAUAUACCACAACUUCAUCGACGCAAACAAUCAAACCAAAAGUGCAUGCCGUCUCUAUACAGACAGAUGAAGUGAAGAAGUCACCAGUUCACCCAAGUAGUGGAGGUGUCAAUGAGGAGAAGACAUCCAAAAAUAACAUUGAGUUUGAGACUUUGAAGAAAGAGCUCAAAGAACAGAAGGAUCAAGCUCUCUCGAAGCUGGAGGAAAGGUUAAAGAAGGACUUUGAGGAGGACAAGCAGCAAGCAGUGUCGCGAGCUCUGACCAAUACGCAGCGUGAGAUUGAUCGGGCCAAGCGGCAGGCAGAGGAGAAGUGUAAAGAGCAGUACAUGGAAGAGAUGAAGAAGCUGGCCCAGAAACACAAGCAGGACAUAUCACAGACCAAGAAGAAGCAGUGGUGUUUUAACUGUGAAGAAGAGGCUAUGUAUCAUUGCUGCUGGAACACAUCUUACUGUAGCGUGAAGUGUCAGCAAGAACAUUGGCACAAAGAACACAAACGUGUCUGUCGGCGGAAACGUUGACAUUAUGCCCCGCCUAGUCAUCAUCAACCUUCAGCACCAUCUCCAACAUCUCCAACAUCAUCAAGAUGAACUACUUCAACAUCGUCAUCUUCUACAUUGCUUAUUCAACAUCAGCAAUAUACAAUAAUUUGAUUAGUCAUUUUGUCUCAUCUACAUCCAAAGGAUGUUGCUUUUUACUUAUUUAUCUCCAAUAUAUUUUGCUGAAGAAGUAAAGUAGCGCUUGAAUAAAAUACCAAACCAUGUUUGCAUGAUAAGGACCGGUGUUGUGCUCAGUGUCCACUGGUCAAAAUGAGACACUGUGGGAGGUUGCUUUUCGUCUCUUUGAUUGGCAGAUACUGAUUGGUGGAGACUAUUUAUUAUUCAGUAUGAUUCAGUAUGAUUCAGUAUGAUUCAGUAGUUACUUGUGCUACACUGACGACCCAUUCCUGUAACUGGAAGAUCCAGAGGUUUGGCAAACAAUGGUCCCUAGAGGACUGUCAAAAUAUACGUGUCCACUUCACCAGUAUUUUGUAUGCUAGAUAGUGUUCACAGUUAAAGGGCAAGUACAGUCGACAUACCAACUUUUCAGAUUUUAAUAAGUUACUUAACGUUUAAUACGUUACGCAUACUUAAAUUACUCAUUCUUGACCAAAAUUUAUUUUGAAAAAUGGAAAUAUAGAGUAAAACAGAUGAUAAAAAACGACAGGCGAAAUCGUCUCCAAAAUGAAAAAUUCUGCCUCUGCGGGGAUUCCUCUUGGUGGAGGUUAAACAGCGGUGUUUGAAGCGCUGUGCAGUGUCGGACCAGUGCCCAAUCUGCAUGGUUGAUGGGAGUCUUCCUGCUUGUCCAGCACCUAUUGUUAUAAGUACAAAUUCAUCCGUAAUUGGUAAGACAGGAGGGCACUGAGGGGGGCAUCUCACAUUUGACACAAUGAAUUGGUGAAUAUCUCACAAAACAUAAGGAAACAACUAAUUGGUGAACUACAUACACUGUACUGAGUGAAAAUUCUAUAAAAGAAAUUACAGAUAAGAAACAGGAUCCCACUGUGGCAAAUGUGCAAGUAAUUGAGAUACUGCAGGUUGAGCAGGUUAAUACUGCGAACGGGCGGUCGGGUAGCCUGAUGGUUAAAGCGUUCACUCGUCACGCCAAAGACCCGGCUUCGAUUCCCGACAUGGGUACAAUGUGUGAAGCCCAUUUCUGGUGGCUCCCACCGUGAUAUUGCUGGAAUAUUGCUAAAAGCAGCGUAAAACCAUACUCACUCACUCACUCACUCACUCACUCACUAGUACUGCGAACACAAUCCAGUUGGUUUGAUGCCGCCAAAAAGACGUUUCGAGACUUCAGGUGGAGAAGAGACAACUUCUCGCCAACCAGAAACCAGUUAACGAUCACACAAUGCUGUUCGCUGGACUGUGAAUAUUAUGUAAAUUUGAGAUGUGAAGGAGAAACGUAUCUAUUGUGUAUUUUUGCUUCGCAAAUCGUUAUUUAGCAUCUGCCAGUCCAGUACAGUGUUUGAUAUAACGCCACCCCCGAACACCCCUCCCCUAGCAUCAGCGAACACGAUGGGGAUUAUCCACUGGCCAGCUGCUGGACAAGUGAGAAGUAAUAAAACGCUGGUUACAGAUUGUUGAUUGUUAUUUGAUUGAUUCACAAUAUCAAGGUCAGAGGUGAUGUUUCCCACACUCAACAGUUCAAUGUAAACAAUGUUGUUAUUUUUGUAGGAUUAACUGAAAUAGCAGAAACAGUAUUUGUAUAGCUGCUAAGAAUCACAGAUCAGUCAAGGAAAGCCUUUGUCACACACUGCUGCACGGGUACCUUUAGGCCACGCCCCCAAAUAUGGUUCUUCAAGAAGCUGAUCGCGGAGUGUGUGAUUUCAGAACUUUCAGUUGGACACUUAAGUACUUUCUACUAAUGUUAUGAAUUUUUAUUCCCUUUGAAAUUGACUUAAUGUAUACAGGACAAUUGAUAUUCGCAAAAUAAUUGCAUUCAUUUUCUUCACUCUACUUGCCCUUUAAAGUUAAGGACUUUCACUUUGUUUGCUUUACAGAACCACCAACCGUAAAAAUUAAAAAUUCAGACGAAGAAAAAUAUCAGAAUGACAAGGCAUUUUAUGCGGCAAAUCUAAGAUUUUUACUAUAACAAUGAAAGAGAAAUGCCACUGUCAGAUUUUAAAUUUACAAUAUUGAUAAGGACACACCAGAUUAUGGGUUUUUUAAUCACCUACUGAUGUAAUUUUUCACGAUUAAAAUCCAUAACAAAACCCAUGGGUAACUAUUAUGUUUUUAACAUGAUUUGUUUCACUGACAUUUUAACUAAGUUUGGUCACUACUGCCCAAUUUCUCAAAACAAAUUUGACUUGUGGUUUUAACAAGUGCCCCCUUUGUCAACUUUCUAAGUACCCUCUAAGUACCCAGAGCGCUUAUUACAGUGAAAACGGUAAAUGCAAAAUUCUAUAUGAGGUACCCACAAAAAAUAAAAGCAUUGAAAACUGAUAAUGAAUAGUCUGUUGGUCGGACCAAUACAUUUUGUUUUGACCAUGUUAUCGAGGAGAGGAGCUGCUCGUUUCUGUGAGGUCCUGCAUCAAUUCUGCAGAGCAAUUUUGGCAGUGCGAUGAAUGUAUGUACAUGUUUUGUUUGGAAGCUAGGAUAGUGUAGGCACUAGGAUACUUGUAUCUGGGUCUUGUAUGUCUGUGAUUUUAAAGAGUACAAGAAUCAUUUGACAACACAUGCAUCAGCUGCAGAAGAUAGGGCUUUUUUACAGGGGACACCACGUUUCCACAGGGUCAUGGCUUUGUGUAUAAAGUCUUCAUUCAGGAUAUAUGUUGUCAUUCAUAACCAAAACCUGUACAUUUAGAAACAAUAAGCUAUUCUAUUCCACAUGUAUAUGGCUUUAAUGUGGUCGAAGACCAGUCAUUCAUUGAAACCUCAAAACCAAUUCCUAAUUGUUUCAUGUUGAAUAUAGACCUUGAUUCAUAUCAGUAGUUGUUAGUUGAUUUGUCACAUUUUGCAGCCCAAGUGAUUUUGUACUGUUUCAUUCAUCUGUGAAAAUAAUAAGAGUCACUGAUAUAAAUGGCCAGCUGAAAAACAAAACAAAUCAAAUUACUCUUACCCUUUCCGAUUUUUACUUUAUAAGAAUAAUGCAUACUGUUUAAGUUUGACAUGAAGAGCUGAGAUUUUAGCCGGCAAUCAACUGUGCCAACUCAAAUGAUGGUUUGCAAACAGGCAGCUAGAAGCAUCUCGGUUUUUUCAGGAGAUUUCAUUUGCUAUCAUAUGAGAACCCUCAGCUCCAAUCUUGCCUUAUCAGUUAUGAAGCAGGACUUUGGUAUUGUUUUAUAUUAAGAGUGCUUGUUCGGCCUUAAGUAUGAACCAACUAUAGGCACCAGUGUAUUUCCUAACUUCCCUAUGAAGUAUGUAUUUAAUGAUGUUUUGAUUGCGAUAGGAAUUUUCAGAUUUUAUGUCACGACUCAUUUAGUUUCGUACUCGAGAAAAUAAACACAUGGCAGUUGGGUUUGAGAUUAAAAUAAUAAAGUAUUGAUAAUCUCCCAAAAUAUUGAUAAAUUUUAUUUAAAUUAACACUUUUGUGAAAUCAUUUCAUGAUAUUAAAUUUUCUCAUAGUGCAAAUGUUACUAUUGAAGAUAAAUUCGUAUUUUCUGUGUAUGCAUUCUGUUCCUGAUGAGACUUAAAGGAGAGAACCAAGUGAUUGUUGUUCAUCAACAAGAUGCUGACUAUUAAGGGUCCAUUAUGUAAAUUGUCCUGCUAUUGCAUGUAAAUAUUCCGUCUUACCCGUACCCUUUGAUCGAUCAGAAACACCUAUUUUAGCUUGACACGAUGUACAUUAGGGGUAAGUCAGCUGGGUUUUUUAGACUCCGCUGUGUAUAUAUGAGUAUCUUUAUGUAAAUGGUGCACAAUUAUCUCCACUGUCAACCCGUAACUGGAGAAUGUAUUUCUUUCUUAAAUAUUUUCUGAUAGAUUUGAAUAUGAAUUUGCAGUAAAACAGUUAGCCUGUUUGUUGCAAGGAAUGGCCGCUGAGCGACCGCCUCAUCGCUUAUAAAGUCGAUGCAGAGUGGUCUGUUUGAGUUGGGCUGACUGUAGGGUUGAGAAACUAGUGUGUUAAUGACGCAGGACUUGCUGAUGUAUGCUUGUUGAAACAGGCACAAAUAAUAUGUAUGUCAUUAAAUUGAUCUACAAUG